UAUACAUAUGUGUUGCGUAUAUACGAACAUGUAGCAGAAAUAACAAAGAUUUGCUGAUUUACAUCGAGCAAAGUACCAAAGCUGACUUAUCAUGUAAUACCAGCUUGAAAAUUUUUUCAUCAGAAUGACUACCGAUAUAUUACUACAUUGAAAUAAGCUGUAAGAGCAGUUGUCUGCAACGACGCGCGUCAGAAAUAUCGCAAAUACUCUUAAGUUUAUCACAUCUUAUCAGACAUAUUUACAAAGGAACUGAAGCAAGAUUUUCAAACAACAUGGAAUAUUGGUCGAUACUGUUAUCUAUAGUGAUUAGUGUGAUGAGUAUUCAUCACCUUUAUAGAAACUUUAAUUUCUUUAAAAGAAAUGGUAUUAUACAUAUACCGCCUGUUCCAAUAUUCGGAGCCAUGACAUCGCUUAUAUUUCACCGAAUAUCAUUCGUCGAUUUUCUCCAGAAGACAUACAAUUUCAAUCCAAAUGCAAAAUACGUUGGAUUCCACUUGGCGACAACUCCAAUCUUCUUGCUUCGCGAUCCGGAACUUAUUAAGAAUGUCCUUGUUAAGAAUUUUGAGUCAUUUCCAAACCGUAACGGUUUUUCUGAUUUAAAUGACUCUUUAUUUGAAAAAAAUUUGUUUUCUCUUCAGGGAGAAAAGUGGCGGAACGUAAGAACUUUAUUGACUCCCUCUUUUACGUCCAGCAAGAUGAAAAUGAUGUUCACGUUGAUGUCGGAAUGUGCUAUGGAUUCUGCAAAAUUUCUAUCGACAUUUCCACCGUAUGAGGAGAGUAUAAACAUGAAAGAUGCUUUCUCUAAGUAUACAAACGACGUCAUUGCCACGUGUGCUUUCGGAAUCAAAAUCAACUCUAUGAAGGAUCCAACGAAUAAGUUUUAUGUUAAUGGCAAGGAAGUGUCUAACUUCAGAGGUAUUCGUGCCUUGAAGUUCCUUUUUCUCAGAAAUUUCCCAAGAGUCGGUCGAUUUCUGAAUAUAAAGUUAAUGAAUGAAUAUGUUACUCAUUUUUUCAAAGACAUUAUAAAGACUACAAUCGCUACUCGUGAUGCAGAACACAUCACUCGCCCGGAUAUGCUACAAUUAAUGAUGGACAUUAGAGGCAAAGAAGGUCGCAGAGAACUAGACAUCGACGACAUGACUGCGCAGGCGUUUAUUUUUUUCCUUGGAGGUUUCGAAACCAGUUCAACUGCGAUGUCGUUUAUAGCUCAUGAAAUCGCAGCUAACCCAGAAGUUCAAACCAAACUACAACAAGAGAUCGACAAGGUUUUAAAGGAAUCGCAUGAAGAAGUGUCUUACCAAGCCAUUAGUCAGCUAGAAUAUUUAGAUGCAGUGAUGAACGAGGCUCUGAGAUUAUAUCCACCAAUCGGCUUCUUAGAAAGGAUAUGCGAAAAAUCUUAUGAAUUACCAUCCGCAUUGCCGAACGAGAAACCUUUUAUCGUAAAGAAGGGUAUGAUUUUUUGGAUUCCGACUUUUGCAAUCCAACGUGAUGAAAAGUAUUAUAAUAAUCCGGAAAAAUUCGAUCCAGAAAGAUUUUUAGAUAAUAAGAUGCAUAGUUCUUCAUGGUAUAUGCCAUUCGGAUGUGGGCCGAGAAUGUGUAUAGCUAAUAGGUUUGCCCUGCUGGAAAUCAAAGUCUUGCUGUUUCACAUAUUAGCGCGAUGUGAUCUGAAACCUUGCACAAAAACUACGUCCCCAAUAAAAUUUUGCAAAGAUUUCAUGAUAAUGCCGGAGAAUGGAUUCUGGUUAAAUAUUCGGCGUAGAAAAGAUAAGCAUCCUGCGCUGAAGGCUACUGUAGUGGAUAGUUAAGCCAUAAAAAGCAUUUUAGUAAUAAUAUAGUUUUUAUGUUUUUUAUUCUACUUAUGCUCUUUUCAUAUU